CCCUCGCCAUUUCCAGUCUCGAUCGCUAAUGGCGAGCACGGCGGAAGCGCUGCGGCUGCCCCCGCGCCUCUCGGGUUCGCCGCCAUCCUCGCCCGUCACCGUCGGCGCGCUACUCACCAAUGCUGUCGGCGCCAGCAGGACCCGGCGCGAAUGCCGUUCACCACGGUCCCUGCUGUCGCGCAUUCUUGGGAGGGGCGGCGGCGGGUUCGGCUGCCGCCUGCGCAUCCCCUGCUACUGCUCCAGCGGCGCCGGAGCGGCCGCCAAGGAGGACGCCGUAGAGGAGGAGGUGGCCGCGCCUAAGGUGGUCGUGGCGAGCAAGCAAGAAGCAGAGGUUCGCGAGUCGCCUCGGAGUUCACUGCAGGGGAUGAAGGCGGCGCCGGAGGUGUCGGCGGCGAGCCUCGGGCUGGGCGCGGGCCUGGUGCUGCUGCUGUCCAGGGGCGCGGCGGAGCUGAGCAGGAUGGCGGAGCUGCGCGCCCAGAUGGAGCGGCUGGUGAUGGACGUCAGGGCGGAGGCGCGUGGCAGCACCCGCUCCGACUUGUCUGACAGCGGCCAUGUCGAUGACGGUGCCAGCGUCGUCAAGGAGCGCAUCGUCUUCACCGAUGCCGGCGGCGAGGACGCCUCGUUGUCCUGUGGUUCACGCGAUGCCACCUCGGCGUGCGGCGAUGCGGGCGUUGGAGAUGCUGUCGCUGCGAUGGAUCAGAUGGAAGCGGAGCUCGAGGCGGAACUGACGCGCCUGCAGCUCGACUCGGACCUCGGUGACGGGGAGGAGGAAUGCGUGACCCCGCGGCGAGAUCACCAGCUCGAGUCCGCCGUGAAGAGCGACAUCUCCUCGGAGAGCGGCUCCCCUGCUUGCGUCGGCAUGGACGGCGUCCUCGACGACGCGGCGAGAGGAUGCAAGGAACACGAAGACAACGAGGAAGAGGAGGAGGGAGCCACUGACGAGGAGGACGAAGAUAGCAAGGCGUGCGACGGCGGUGUGCCGGCCCGUGUGCUGGAACGGAGGCUGCACGAGCUCCUGCAGUCGCGUCACGAGGAGCGGAUCGCGGAGCUGGAGACGGAACUGGAGCGCGCGCAGAGGAAGCUGCGGGACAAGGAGCGCGAAGUGUCGCGGUGGCGCGACACCGCCAAGCUCGUCUCCCGCCACAAGGACGAGUCGCGGCUCCGGUAGAACCGUAGAACCAAACAACCGACGUCCGUCGCAACAAUCAUCCUGGCAUGACCCUUUUUUAGAUGGAACAACCGUAUUCCAUUAAGGCACGACUAAAUCAUCGGUUACAGCACAAGUUACAUCAUCAGAAUAGUUAGGGAACCACUGGUUAGACGCUCCAGCACCUAAUCGUGCACCAAUAGCAGCCAACACAUACGCUGGCUUAUUACAUUCUCAUGGAAUAUGAACUAUAUCAGAGCCUGAAUAAAUUGUGUGGCAAGCUUCACCUUAAUUGGAGUGAAGUCUGUUUAAAA